UAUAAAUCUAAACAACAAGUGAUUAUUUUCUAAUAAAUAAUAGACAUUUUACAAAUUAUCGAUCGUUUGAUUAUUAUCAUCCAACGUCCUAACAACUAACGAAUAUUAAUAAAUAUUCCAAACCAAAGGCCCAAAACUCCAUUGAGCGUUCUUUUUAAUAUUUUGGCGCAUUUCCCUUUGUCAAUCAUUCGCAUCAUCUCGCACAGCAAGCGUGAGUCAAACAUUUUACAGUUAUAUUGGUUCGAAAGCUAGCGUGUUAAAAAAUAUCUGAUCUACUGAUUUUCCUGAAUAAUAGCAAAUUAAUUUUUAAACAUAAUUUUUUUCACUUCACAAAAUGUCAGAACGCUACUUCAGCUUACAUCCAGAAGAGUCUUCCAAAAUGUAUUUAAACUACAAUGUGAUUCAGGCGCAGGCGCCAUCACAGCAUAGCUUAGUGGGCAUGGCGGCCCAGCUAAAUAAUGAAUACGAUUAUAUUGCAAAUGCGGCAACAGCCUACUAUACGGUAAAUGGUGGUGGUUUCGUGGAUAUGAAUAACAACCGCUCGGCGACACGUUACUAUAAUGUGGGCGCUGGCUGUGGAGUAGGUAAGCAAAAUAUUUGCAGCGGAAAUAAUGCUGGUGGACACAUUUACACCAACAAAGUUUUGCCAUCAUCGCUGAUGACAAAAUACACCAAUGCAGGCAGCUACAUGCAUGGCGGCGGUGCUGCCGCAAUGACCACACCACACAUGUCGACAAAUGAAACGUCUAUCUCUCACCAUCACUCACAAGGACACUAUAACACACAUGCACAUGCAAGCACAUCUACUUAUGGAUAUCAAAGAAAUCGCUAUAUGCCCUACAAUCGAUGCAACACUUCCACUGCGAAUGCCCUUCACCAGCACCCACUGCAUUCUACCGCGGCAAUAACAACCUGUGGGGGACUAACUACAGCCGUUUCAAAUGGCUAUCACCAAUUUGCAGCACCCAUCUACCAGACAUGCACUCCCGGUGCUGCAAUGCAAACCUUUACCUCGACCAUACCAAUGAGUGCUGUGUCAGUCAGUCAGCAAACACAAUUGCAUCCAAACUCCAUGACAUCCACAAUGACCACUGCCUCACACUCCAAUGGAGGGGGACAAGGUUUCACCUAUGCCCAUGCUGUGGCCGCCUCGAUAGCAGCACCAACCUCGGUGGUGGCUGCCACCACGAUUCCCACAAGCGAUAAUAAAAAUUCCAACUCUCUUGCCACAGUCACAGCACCAUCAGUCAGCACUGCCAUAACGUCUACGCCCUAUACUUCAGCCCAGACAUACGCCACAGUUAGUGAUCCCAAUGACACAGUCACAUUGCAAAUUACAAAUUUGGACUACUCCAUGGAUGAGGUCAGUUUGAGAAAUUUUCUAUUGAACCAACUCAAGCCCAUAACGCCCGUGGUUUCGCUAACGUUCGAGGGAAGUUCCUAUGCCAAAGUUACCGUACCAGAUUUAUAUUUUGCAAAACAAGUGGUCUCAAACUUACAUCGCAAGAAAAUUGGUCACAAACGCAUGUUGGUUUCAUACACCAGAGACUCUUCGUUGACGGAAAUUAAUACACUGAGAUGUCAAGUAGCUGGUCUACUAAAGGAUGUUCCUUGUUACACUCUACCUAUGUAUAAGUUCAGAGAACUAUUUCAAUCACGUUUUAAGACAUCAAUCAGCGUUUUGGAUCUUUAUAAAAUGCAAGAUAUCUGCAUCAUCAAUUCCGAUAACAACGAGGAGAAGUUCAUAAGCUUACAUUCGGAUUUGGUUAAUUCGCUGGAAAGUUCUCCGCUCAUGGAAGGUCUGCAGCAUAGUGUACCCUAUUGUACCAUGCACUUUAAGAGGGAACAACACAAGGGCUGGGCUGAACAAGAAAUUGAGCCGUUACCCAAUGUGUUCAUGACCAUAACGGAAAUUCAACAAAUCGUACAUCCUUUGUUGAAGAAUCAUACCGGCGAUAUACCUGUGGCCUCUCUGGUUCACUGCAUUGAGGGCCAAUUGAAAGUGCAAAUUACACCCAAUGAAAGUGGAGUUAAUUUGGAACAUUUGAUUUGUUGUGUCCAGGGCAUUCAGAUCACUGUGAAUAAUUUUGGUAUAAAAAUUUUGGGUUGGCUUGAACUGAAUAAGGAAAAUGGACAAAUGUCAUCAGCCAGCAAUGAAAAGUCCAGUUUAUAUUCCAAGAAUUCAAUAUCGGAUCCACUGUAUCAGAUUUCGCGUGAAGUUAUUGAGUUGGUGAAGAUGUCACCCAAGGCUACAAUGAAAUUCAAUCGUUUUAUACCGGCCUAUCACAACCACUUUGGAAAACAAUGCCGCGUGGCUGACUAUGGCUAUACAAAACUAAUAGAGCUCUUCGAGGCCCUCUCGUCAGUGGUGCAAAUUAUGGGUGAUGGAGAAAAUCGCCAAAUUACUCUGACCCAUCGCACCCAAAUACGUCGCUUUACAUCAGAUCUUUUGCGAGUGCUGAGAGCCCAUGGUAAUAAAUCUGUAUUGCUUUCUCAGUUGCCCACCAUAUUUGCCCAGACUCAGAAUAGAACAUUCGAUGUCACCGAUUAUGGGGUCUGUGACAUAGGAGAUAUCUUGGAUGGUUUGGUGAAUUCGAAUAUAGUUGUGGUGUCCACAGUGCAAAAUGGCGAGGACAUUUUGAUAUCCAUGCCUAAGCGUAAGCAAACAUCCUCAGAAUUGGAGAAGACCUGCAUUUUUGCGGGUGAAAUUGUGGAGCUGUUCAGCAAUGCUCCCCAAUAUACGAUAUUGUUUCAAAAAUUUGUACGCUCUUAUCACUAUCACUUUGGAUAUCAAUGCCGUUUGAGUGACUACGGCUUUCAGAAGCUGGCCGAUCUCGUGGAAGCUGUGCAUGGUGUGGUAGAGAUGGAGUUAACAAAUGAUGAGGAUAAAAAAAUUUACCUAACUGCCAAAGUAGCACGCCGAAUAUUUGCCGAACAAUGUGAAGAGCUUAUAGCUACCACCACAGGUUCAGCAAAAACUUGCAUGAAAUGGGAUGAUGUUGUUAAGCUUCAUAAGAAAAAAUAUGGCUAUCAAAUACAAUCCCAAACAUUGGGAGUUAAAGAUAUAAUGAAAGCUUUAGAUCUACUGCCCUAUAUUGAGACUUUCGAAAAGGAUGAUGGCACUUGGAUUAUAUGCCACAAAGGCGAUAAAGCUUUUCGGACUUUGUGCUACAAAGCUUGCAAGCUAUUGUUAUCACAUGAAGCUGAUUUACCGGAUCCAAAAACUGGCAAGGAGCAUGAAGCGUUUAAGAAUCUAUUGACUCUAGAAGAUUUCAUAAAGAGCUUUAAUGAAAAGAAUAAGGAAACUCUCACCGAGAACACAGUCAAAGCCAUGAAACAUGCCAUAGAGAUCAUUGCCGAAAAUGAUUGCUCAUAUGUAAAAGUAUCGGGCUUAAUGCACUUUAUUAUGAAUAUCAUACGUUUGCUGGAACAACGUUCUCCUAUGCUGCUGCUGGAUAUUAAAAAUGCUCUUGACUGUUCCAUAACAUCAACUUUUGAAUUCGGUUACCCCAAUUUGUUUUCAGUCAUUUCAACUUAUUCCGACUUAUUUUAUGUUAACGCCGGAGUGCCGUUGGAGAGAUCAGAAGUGGGCCUUGCUGGUAAUGCAGAAUUACGUUUAACUUCCUAUGCCAAUCAUAAGCAUUUAUUUGGUUCCUUAAAAUUGCCAUAUAACAAACAGAAAUCCUCACGUACAACAACCCGUCCACCAUUAGCCGAACACAACAAUAAUCGCAUUGCAACAUCAUCGCAUCAAGAAACACCAGCCAGAACACGCACCAUGUCCAUUGAUAGCAAUUACAACAGCAGCCAUGCAUCAUCCACAUCAACAUCCAAUUACCGUUCGCAAAAUUCCUGUUCAUUUUAUCAACAGCAACAACAACCAAGGUCGACUUCAUCAUCAUCAUCAUUAUCAUCUUCAACAUACUGUCCAAAAUCGUAUACUUCGUCAUGCGGCUCCAAUGCAUACAACAAUAUGAGCAACAGUUCUUCCAUUUAUUCCAUGGCCUCUAAUAAUUCAAAUAUUUUGAAUUCUUCCAUAUCAAGUGGAUCCAAUAAUAAGGAGAACUCUUUCAGUUCAUCCUUUAUGUUCAACAACUCAUUCAAUACAUCAUCUAAUAUGUCAUCCACAUAUAACGACCUUAAUUCUAGCAUGAAUAGUUUGGUUAAUACAAUGGGUUGUAUUCCUCAACCUGCUCCAGCAACUGUGCCCAUCAACAAUUCAAUACAUUUGAACCCAUCCAUGCCUUCAGUGUAUCCUACAUCUAAACUGUGGGAUAGACGACAUGGUAAUAAUUUUUAUCAGCAACAGCCGCAACAACCUCUAAUGAAUGCUAAUGCGAAUUUAAGUGGUGGAAGCGGUUUGCCACAGCUUAUUAUGGGUACGGCACAACCACAAACUUUGUCAAUGCCUAGCCAAGCAACAGUGUUCCCGGCAAUGACAACAGAAACAUCAGCUGGUCUAUAUGAGUUGGUAAACAAUAUUCAAAUGUGCCCAGUUUUAUAUGAGCCCCCAAAACCUGAUACGCCACCUUCAGAGAAUAUGCCAUUUUGGAUUGAUCCCAUCUGGAAGAAUAACAAUAACGAGAAACCCAAGGAUGAUUUGCUCAAUAUACGCCUUCCUGAACUAAAAGCUCUUAACGUUUUGCCAAUGGUUUUGUCACCCUAUAGUCUAUCGAAAACGGAAAACAUGAAACAAGUUUUCAAUUUCGAGUCCCAUGAUAGAAAAAUAGCCUAAAUUAUUUUACCAUUAUUCAAAAUAAAAUUUUAUUUAUAAGUUUUCAUUUUCUAUAGUCUUAUAUUGAUUAUUUAUCAUAAACAAUUAUUUUUUAAUAAUAUAAAAUAUAGCUUAAAUCUUUAAAUAAUUUUGUAUAUCUAGUACCAUUACCACACUAUUGUAAAAAUGUUUUUGUGGCAGCCCCAUAUUUCAUUUUAUUCUAUCGACGAGGAAUACAAUAAUUACGCAUUUGUUAAUCAAGAACAAAAAUUGUGAACAGCUACUUAAAUUCCUCUAUUAUGCCACUAGCAAAACAUUACUUCAGAAUCUAGGAUGUCAUUGUAACAAAAUUUUAGUUUGUAAUUACCAAUUGAUUGUUAAACAAAAGAAAAAACCUACAUUAAUUACCAAUUUAAAAAAAAUCGAUAUUGUCAAAUUUAAUUAACUCCAAGAGUAUCAUGCUGUUUGUAAUUAUUUUAAAUAUUAUUAAAUAUCAUUUGUUAACAGUUAUUACAAAUAAAAUGCUUGCUUAUAAAACA